AAAAAAUUAAAAAACAAUCUUCUCUGUACUAAAACAGAAAUACGAGAGAACAAGAUUCGGCAAGAGAAAAAGCUUCCAUUUCAAAACCCUAGAGCUCAAUUUUUAAGCCAGGUACGGCCGUCAUUUCUCGAUCUCACCGGCAUGAAUCGCCGCCGGUGAAGGUGUUCAAUAGCUGUAUCGGAAAACUGAAAUAGUUAGAGAGAGAGAGAGAGAUUUGUUAGCGAAUUUAGAAUCAUGUAUAGAGAGAGAGGUACGGUUGGUUCGAGACCGGAGGUUGUGGAUCGUAAACGGAUCAACGAAGCUCUGGAACGGCCCUCUCCGUCGACGUCUCGUCAAGUUAACGGCAAGGGAAAAGGAACCGUAACGGCGGCGGCGCACUCCGUCUUAAUGGGGAAGCAGUCACAUGACCUUAGAGAUUCGCGUUCUAAGAAUAACGUUUCAAACGAUGAAUCAGACACAGACAGUGAAGAAGAGUCAGAUGUCAGUGGUUCUGAUGGAGAGGACACUUCAUGGAUAUCUUGGUUCUGCAAUUUACGGGGAAACGAGUUCUUCUGUGAAGUUGAUGAUGAUUACAUCCAAGAUGACUUCAACUUGUGUGGACUCAGCAGUCUAGUUCCGUACUACGAGUACGCUCUUGAUUUGAUUCUCGAUGUCGAGUCUUCUCAUGGAGAGAUGUUUACAGAGGAACAGAAUGAAUUGAUCGAGUCAGCAGCUGAGAUGCUUUAUGGACUUAUUCACGCUCGUUACAUUUUGACAAGCAAAGGAUUGGCUGCAAUGUUAGACAAAUACAAAAACUAUGAUUUUGGAAGAUGCCCGAGAGUUUAUUGCUGUGGCCAACCUUGUCUUCCGGUUGGUCAAUCGGAUUUACCACGAUCAAGCACGGUGAAGAUAUAUUGCCCUAAAUGCGAGGACAUUUACUACCCACGAUCAAAAUAUCAAGGCAACAUAGAUGGAGCUUACUUUGGGACAACACUUCCACAUCUGUUCUUGAUGACUUAUGGGCAUCUGAAGCCACCAAAGGCAACAACAAACUAUGUUCCAAGAGUGUUUGGGUUCAAAUUAUACAAGCCGUGAAGGAAGUUUAAGAAAGAACCCCAAGAACCAAGAUCAUGGCUUUGGAUUUGGAAAAUAGAAAGAAAGGCAUUGUAAUCAAGAAAAGGUGAAGGAGUCAUGUCUCUAUUUGUCAUCAUCAGGUACAUAUAUUAGAAGCAAGCAAAAAGCAUGGUUAGAAGAAGAAAAACGAAAAUCCUUUUGAUGAGUUUGUUAAACUUGAACCUGUAUCUGCCUACGAUUUGUAAUCUUUUUUUUGUUGUUGUUUUGUUUCUUCU